AUGGAAGCCUACACCCUAGAUACAGUCCUAGAGAAUGACAAGCUCCUCCACUCUCUGAGUGCCUACGCGGCGUCGAGGCCAAAUAUCCAGACAACAAGGCAGUCUACUAUCAUUCCAGAUAGCUCUUCGCUUCUUGUCGAAAUUCACUCCGCGGCUGAUUAUUUCACCGACAACGCGGAACUUAUGACCAACCCUCCACCCGUCCUGGUCGAUCUCAUCCUAGACCCGUUUCUUUUCAACGUCCUUCCCAAGUCGCUGCUGCCCACAGUAGGCUAUCUAAGUCUCCUCGGCAUCGUGACCUGGUUUGCAGCGCGAUGGGUCGCAUCUAGCCUCCAAUCUGUAGCUGAUUUGAUGGAAACCCCAUCCAAGAAGCAGAAUUGA